AUUUUCGUCGUGUCGUUUGGAUGUUAAAUUAUUGUUUUUUUUGUUCUGUUAAAUAUAUAUCUGUUAAAUAAGUAAAAAAGUAUGAGCCUGGACGAUGAAAGUUUUCCAGCUGAUGAGUUAUUUGACCAGUUAAGUCCGCAUGUCCCCAAGCGGCACUUUCAACAGGAUUUUAAAGAACAUCAUCAGCCGGAGGCAUUUGAGCGUAAUGCUCCGCCAUUUUUUUUUAACGAUUGCUCUGAAGAGAAUUCCUUCGAUGAGCCCAAUAAAAGUGCAAAGACAUGUGUAAGUGAUCCCGUAGGAUUGGACCAAGAUGAUGAUCAGUAUGAUGAUGAAGGAAAUCCCACAAACAUUGAUAAUGGCAAAACGAAUCCCCAAUUGGGCAAUGGGCAUAGCAGCAAAUCCAAAUCGUUUCAGGACAUCCAUUCGGUAUAUACCAAACGUCGUUAUGCUCAUGUGACCAGCAAAGUGGCAAAAUAUAUAUCCGAUAUCGAUAAACAGGAUCAACAACGACGCAGUUCAUCCAAUAAAAUUCAACAUCAUAGCUCAAUGCCUGAAACUUUAACACCCACAAAUUCGAAUCCCGUACGGGAUUCCUUACGGAUAGUCAAUCUCAGCAAUUUCCUUGACGAUGGGGAUGAAAUGCACAAAUCAAAUGAAUCCCUGGCAACUGGCAGUGCCAUGAAAAUUCACGAUGUUAUUGAAUUUGAGCGUCUUGUUAACGAGAAUGAAGAAAUGCUGAAUGAGAAAGCGCAAUUGCAGAACGAGAAGGAGCGCCUACAAUCCUAUUGCAAUUAUCUACAGGAUCGAUUCGAUAAGAAAGCAAUGGAGACAAUGAUGCUAAGGAAAAAUUUCGAUAUUAUCCGAAAUGAGCUAACCAAUUCCAAAGAUAAACUCAAAAGGCAACAAAUUCACGGCCAUUCAAUGGUAUCAUUGGUUCAUCAUCCAUUGUCUGGUAUUGAAAGAAGUACACAAACUGAACGAAAUCUAGAAAUAGCUUCAUCCAGCAGCUCCCGAAUAUCAAAUUUAUCAGAUUUGCCAGUGGUAACUCCGCAUCCGAAUUUACAUUUGAAUAAUCUCACAUAUGAUAGCAGUGUUGGUUCCAUUGAGAUUGCCCUGCUGAGUGUUGCACCAGCCAAUCCUAAUCCAAGAAAGAUGAACAUUCAGCCAUUAUCCUUGAAUUUCAGCAACGAUAGCGUCGAAGUGAAUAACAAUGCUGCACAUGGUUCUUCUUCACGGCCAGGAAGCUCCAAUCGCACCGAGAGCAGCCAACCAAGUAGCAACGACUCAGCCAUCGAUAUUGAUCGUUCACCAUUCUAUGGAGGCAAUUGUGAAGGCACCUAUUUCUUCGAUAAAGGCAAUAAUCGUGUCGUUAAACUGGCAAAUCUAUUGCCCCUCAAUCCAUCAGGCAAGAAUAAUAAAAGAGCCACUACGACGAACAAUAGCGAUCGGAAUACCAAUUUGUUGGAUCAAUCUUUAAUAUCCACGCAAGGUGUUCCGUUGAUGCGGUCAAAACCAUCUUUGGGCACACGUCUAUUGCGUCUUUUUGGCCCCUGUACACGGUGUCAUGACCCCCACAAUCAAUCGGCCAAUGCUAGUAGUGUCACUUACACAGUGUCCCUUCCUCUCCUGGAUGAUGAAACCUACAAUCGGAGUCGAAAUCGCAAUAUGUGAUAAUCUAUUUAUUGAUUUAUACUAUAUUUAUUUAUUUAUUUCCUAUAUAUUUAUUUUAUUUAUUUCUUUUUGCGUCCAUCUGUAUAUUCGAGCAUUAUUUAUUCGUUAAUUAUUGUAAUUUCUGUAUAUCAAUCAUUUUGUGAAUAUAAAAUUCAAUUCCUCAAA